AUGAUAAUCUCCAUAGAGGGGACUAGGACGGAGCUGAUCGUCGGCUCUGCCUAUUUUCCAUAUGAAGAUGCCAAUGUACCUACCAAGGAGGUCACUGACUUGGUAGAAUACUGCAGGUCCGAAGGGCUACCACUCCUGAUAGGUUGUGAUGUAAAUGCACACCAUACAGUUUGGAGUAGCUCGGACAUAAACGAAAGAGGCUCAACAUUACUAGAGUACCUUUCCACCACUUGCCUAGAGAUCCUAAAUGUGGGAUCUAGGCCCACUUUUGUUACCUCUUGGAGGCAAGAAGUGAUUGAUAUCACGCUGGGCUCUAAUAAGAUUGCACAGUCUGUCACGAAUUGGCGGGUGAGCGAAGAAGAUUCUCUUUCUGAUCACCGUCGAAUUCACUUUUCGUUGGAAGGCAGCAGGAACGGCGGAACUGGGGGCACAUAUAGGAAUCGUAAAGCCACAGACUGGCUCAUCUAUAAGAAAGAGCUAGUAGGUAGGCUGGGAGAGCCUUGCGGGACCCUAAGAACGGCUGGUAGGAUUGAACAGGCGGUCGAGCAUUUGCAAACGGCCAUUGUUCAGUCCUAUGAAAUUGCAUGUCCUCUGAAAACUAGGAAAUGUAGCAAGCGGGUAAUAUGGUGGAAUGCAGAGCUGAGCAGGCUCUGUUCCUGGUCCCGGAAACUACUUAACAAAGCGUUAAAAACGAGAGCAGACCAAAACUGGGCUGAGUAUAAAACAGCCCAGAUUCAAUACAAAAGGUGUAUUAAGGUCUCCAAAGCUGAGGCCUGGAGAAAGUUCUGUGGGAAGAUUAAGGAUCUGCCAUUGGUGGCCCGUCUCCGUAAGAUCUUCACUUCGGGCCCCACAGUUAAGCUAGGUGAUCUGACUCUCCCGGAUAGGAGGGCAACAGCAAACCACAGAGAAAUACUCGCUCAUCUCUUUGAAGUACACUUCCCUGGCUCGGAAUUCCCUGGCAAGGACAGGGGCCUGCAAAACGGACCCUGA